AGUAAGUGCAUCAAGCACGUGGUGAGAAAUCUUUGCACUGCAUUGUGAGUUUGGUUUGGGGGAAGUGACAAAAGAAGUACUCACCUCGUCUUUGCAUCCUGUUGUGAAAGUACAACAGCGUGUGUGCUGUUGUGUGUGCGUGCUGUGUGUCUGCGAGGUGCGUGUGCAGUCAGAGCGAAUUCAAGCAUGAAGAGAGGCAAGAAGGCAGAAGAGGCGGUCGCGGACGGGGAGAAUGACACGGGCUCUGCUUCGGCAAAGAGAACCAAGAAGGCUAAGGAACCAGAGGCCCCGAUAUUGUACGAAGAUCCUCCUGACAAAAUGACCAGCAAAGAUGGACGCGACGCCAACAUGAAGAUCACCUCCUGGAACGUUGACGGCCUGAGGGCCUGGGUGAAAAAGAACGGCCUGGAUUGGGUGCGUGAGGAGGCUCCAGAUGUUUUGUGCCUGCAGGAGACAAAGUGUGCAGAGAAAUCCCUCCCCGCUGCCAUCACCUCGAUGCCAGAGUACCCUCACAAGUACUGGGCCGUGUCCGAUGAGAAGGAGGGUUACAGUGGUGUGGCUAUGCUGUGCAAGACUGAACCCCUCAAAGUCACCUAUGGCAUUGGCAAAGAAGAGCAUGACAAGGAGGGCCGCGUCAUCACCGCCGAGUUCCCCAGCUUCUACCUGGUGACCGCCUACGUGCCGAACUCCGGCAGAGGCCUUGUGCGCCUAGAUUACCGAAAAACGUGGGACGUGGACUUCCGGGCGUACCUGAGCGAGCUGGACAUGCAGAAGCCCGUGGUGCUGUGCGGCGACCUCAACGUCGCACACCAGGAUAUCGACCUGAAGAACCCGAAGGGGAACAAGAGAAGCGCAGGAUUCACCCCAGAGGAGCGCGAGGGCAUCAGCCAGCUGCUGGAGUCCGGUUUCACCGACAGCUUCCGCGAGCUCUACCCGGAGCAGGCCAACGCCUACACCUUCUGGACCUACAUGAUGAACUCCCGUGGAAAGAACGUGGGCUGGAGGCUCGACUACUUCCUGCUGUCGUCCAGCCUGCUGCCGGGCCUGUGCGACAGCAAGAUCCGCAACAAGUCCCUGGGAAGCGACCACUGCCCCAUCACUCUGCACAUGGCCGUGUAGGUCACCUUCUGACCAGGGCUUUACAUAGCCCUCACUGGUUUCAUAGUGCUACCUUUCCGGCUCUGCAGUAGCGUAGUUUGUCUAGUACUUUUAAGGGUUUGUUUUCAAAUUAAACUGCCAUUAAAUGACAAGCACAAUUCAUACUGCCGUUUAUCCUGAAGCUUGUCAGUAAACCCAGUGGUGUACGAUGUCUAUCCCGAUUUUUCAACAAUGACCCACGACUGGCUGUGGAGCUGUCUGUUGUCUGUACUACUGCUGAUCUGAGGAAAGCCUCCAUGUCACAGAGCCUGCAGUACGUGUUUGUUGUCUGAAUUUAAAACCACUGCUCAUAAGAAUAUGUAUUGUUUGUUUUAAGCCUCUUUUUCCAAUGCAGUGUCUGUUGUAGAACAUGUCCACAAUAAAAUACUGGAUUUAUGUACCUUC